UCCUAUGAAGAAGUAUUUUUUCUUAAAGCAUAAAAAAACUCUCAAUUAAUACGAAAAAAUAAACAAAUCACAAAAUUUUAACAUUUUCUCAGAGAGGUUUGCAACAUUUAACAGAUCAGGCAAAUAUAAAUUUGCAAAUGUGCUUAAAUCAUACAAAUUGUUAUUUUUAAUGAUUAAAAAACACAUUUAUUGAUUAUGUUUGGUUUGUUAUUCAAAUUCAGAGUUAGAUUCAGUUCAUUCACACAUCUGCUCCAUAAAUAAUGAGACUGGACAUUUGUGGAGAAAAACAAUAAAACAAAUCGAGAUAUUAAACAUACAUGAAACAUUCUUUUUGACUCACAGCAAGAUCCUAGUCCCCUACUGUCACCCCAAGCUGAGAGGGUCAGAACAGGUAGGAGGAGAGCAGCAGGGGUGGAGUGAGAUGGGAGGAGUUGAAGUAUAAGUCUGAGUGAAACAAGGAGCUCCUGCUGUUCCAGAUCUUCACAAUGGGGUCAGCAGCAGCAGCUCCUCUGGGUUUGGAUGGGUUUUUAUUUCUCCUGGCCUUCUUCUCCACAGAUUCAUCAGGCGCACAAACUCCUCCUGCCACCGGACUCGGGAUAAAGGAGCGCUCUCUGAUUGUUGCUCUGCACAAUAGGCUGCGCAGCCAGGUCAGACCUAUGGCAGCUAACAUGCAAACAAUGGAGUGGGAUGGGAGGCUGGCUAUUCUUGCAGAGAAGCAGGGUACGUUGUGCCGCGCAGACCCGUCCCCUCAUAACGGAUCAUUUUCCCGUCACAUCGGCUGGAACACGCAUCUCUCUGCCCGUCUCAUCGCCUCGUUUUCAGACAUCAUUGAUGCCUGGUUUGAAGAAGGAAAUGAUUUUAUCUUUUUGAGUGGGAAAUGCAGAGAGAAUGCAACGUGUCGGCACUACACUAAGCUUGUUUGGGCCACUUCAAGCCACGUUGGCUGUGCCAGCCAGCUGUGUCUAAGGGAUGGAGGCCUCUGGGAAAUAUUUGUUUGUGCAUAUUACCCUGGGGGGAACUGGGAGGUUAAUGGUAAGCUGGUGAGCCCCUACAAGGUGGAUGUGUCCUGCUCCCUCUGCACCUCUUCUAUGUCUGGCUGCUUUAGACUGUGGGACCACGUUGGUGGAUUAUGUGAGGUUCCAAAGAACCCAUGUCGGAUGAGCUGUGGUCAACACGGUCAUCUCAAUGUGUCAUCCUGCAAGUGCAAGUGUGAUGUGGGGUUCACUGGACGCUUCUGUCAGGUCCGAUGCAGCAUGCAGUGUGUUCAUGGACGAUUCAAAGAAGAGGAAUGCUCCUGCUUAUGCGAUGUUGGCUAUGGUGGUGCAGAAUGUGCAGAGAAGGUGUCUUUUCCCCUUCACAGCUGUGAUUUGAUGAUAGAUGGAGCGUGCUACACUGUCUCUUCAGAGGCGGACUCCUACUAUGGAGCCCAGAGUCACUGUCAGAGUCUUGGGGGAAUUCUGGCAGAAAUCCACAGUCAGAAGGUUCAGGACAUCUUGGCUUUUUAUCUCAGUGAGCUCCAGGCGAGCAAUGAAGUCACCCACGCUGACUCUGAAACUGGAAACUUCUGGAUAGGUUUAACAUACAAGUUUCCUAAAGACUCAUUUCGCUGGGACUCAGGAGAAUCGCUGCAGUUCAGCAGCUUUGCCUUCAGGCAGCCUGAUAGCCAGGGUUUUGGGAACUGUGUAGAGCUGCAUGCUGUUAGUGCAUUCGACUGGAAUGACCAGCGCUGCAAAACACAGAACCGAUACAUUUGUCAGCACGGUAAGAUUCCUCCAGGGGAGACUGGAUGAAAGUGUGCUUGAAAUGAGUUCAAGCAAUUUUACCCAAAUAUUUUGGUUUUAAUAUUUUAUAUAUAUUUGAUCGUGUUUAGGUUGGAAAACAGUGAAAGUCUUGCUUUAGUAUUUUGCAUUAUUGUCUUCAGGUGUUCAGCUGUCUAAGCCUCUUUUCACUAUAUUAGCAUUUUUAUGGGCAGCUUAAUGUCUGCCUGCAGAAGGUUUGUUCUUAAAAGUUGGACAUGUCCUCGGUUGAACCGUGACCUUAGAGACAUUAUCCCUCGGCCAAACUAACAGAUAGAAUUUGAUGGAAUCCAGCACCCACCCAAAC